UCUCUGCGAUAAAUUAAACUAGACUCAUAUAAAUAUUCCAAAGCUCCGCUUUUGACAAAUGUGCUGUUCUACCGUUUUACAGCAUCGUCUGUCUCUUUUAUACUCGAUCCUCAUGAUGAUCAAUUAUAUAUUUUCUCUCUGAUAUUCUCCCAUUUUCUCUCUGAUAUUCUCCCAUUUUCUCUGUCAUGUCGGCUUUCUCUUCCUAGGGAAUUAAGAAGGCUGCAAAAAGUAAAUCAAGAGAUAUGGGAAGAGCUCCUUGUUGUUCUAAAGUUGGAUUGCAUAGAGGACCAUGGACUCCCAGGGAAGACGCAUUGCUCAUGAAGUACAUCAAAGCUCAUGGAGAAGGCAAUUGGAGAUCACUCCCCAAAAAAGCAGGGCUGCUUCGAUGUGGGAAGAGUUGCAGAUUGAGAUGGAUGAACUAUUUGAGACCAGAUAUCAAGAGAGGGAAUAUCACUCCGGACGAGGAUGACUUAAUCAUCAGGUUGCAUUCACUCCUCGGUAACCGUUGGUCUCUCAUCGCCGGUAGGCUUCCUGGUCGGACGGAUAAUGAGAUAAAGAACUACUGGAACACCCAUCUCAGCAAAAAGCUAAUUAGCCAAGGAACCGAUCCGAUUACUCAUAAGAAACUAGCGGAGGCAGUACAGCAAGAAGUGGAGAAGAGAUUAGCCAGAAACACCAACACUAACAACAAGAAGGAGAACGAGAAUAACACAGCCAAAGUGGAACUGGAAAAACCGAAGGUCCAUCUUCCAAAGCCCGUUAGGGUUGCUUCUUUCUCUUUACCUCGAAACCAUAGUUUCGAAAGCAACACCUCAAGUGCUGCGUCCUCCAAUCACGGCGGAGGAGAGGGUGGAAUAGGUACGGAGGACGUUGUCCAAGUUCCUUGGUCUGACGAUGUCGUCGUAGUAAAAGAUGACGGCCACGGUGAAGCCGCCGGUUUUCUUGACGGAUAUAAUGAUCAUGAUGAUGAUCAUCAGUUAGUAGUCAACGGCUCAGAUUUGGAGUGCCAGUCAAAUAUAUUGCCUACGGGCGAUGGGUCCCUAGAGAAGCUUUACGAAGAAUACUUGCAGCUUCUGAAGACGAACGAGGAUCAAGCGCAGUUGGACUCCUUUGCGCAAUCAUUAUUGGUCUAAUGAAAUGGGAAAGGGAGAGUACAUAUAUUUUCCGAUUAAUGUGUGUGCGUGUCAGAUGUUGAGGUUAAUUUCUCCAAUAAAGUGCUUGAAUCUUG